CACCUAGGGUUAUUUAGAGUUAUCCUUUCCAACGGUGCACAUACCUAAAAUAGUGAAUUCACGAAGGUGAAAUUUGAUAUUCUACCCAUCAGCAGCAUGAGAGACAAGCUACUCAUGCGUAUCCCCAGAUCAAAUCGGGAUCAUCCGCCAAAUUCACGAGUGGAGAGGAAAUUCGAUCCGACCUGAAUAGUGCAUUUAUUUUGUAAACAGCUGUUGAUGAUUGCUUGUACUUCCUGAGACUGAGAGGUUAAAAUAUGUCGGAAGACACAGGUGGCCUGAACCCCCAGCAGAAGAGGUUAUUGGAGGGUCUGUACCAGUUCUACCGAGAGGGACAGCUGACUGACGUGACACUAGAUGUAGAGGGACAACAGUUUGCCUGUAACAGAAACAUACUGGCAGCUAGCAGCCCCUUCUUUAAAGCCAUGUUUACCAGUGAUGUCAAGGAAAGUACAGACAAUGUGGUACCUAUACAUGGUAUAAGUAAGGAUGCGAUGGAGUCCCUUCUGGACUAUAUGUACAGUGGGCGGCUCAAUCUGACCAAUGAAAAUGUCCAGAAUGUCUUCUCUGCAUCUAACUUCUUAGAGAUGUUGGAGGUGGUUGAUAUGUGUAUUGAACACAUCUCUGGAGCGCUCACUCUAUCUAACUGUCUGGAUGUCUUCUUCUUUGCUGUGUACAACUACUGCGAAAAAUUAAAACUGAAAAGUGGAAAUUUUAUUCUGAAGAAAUUUCCAGAGCUGGCAGAGACUGAGGAAUUCCUGUCUAAAAUUGAGGUGACUGAUUUGAUCUGGUUCCUAUCUUCAGAUGACAUUUAUGUUGACAGAGAGGAAUAUAUUUUUGAGUACAUACUGAAAUGGAUUGAGUUUGACCCAGAAUCAAGAAGAAGACAUUUUCCCAAACUUUUCAAAUGCCUAAGACUACCUCUAAUCAAUGAUGAAUAUUUUGAGGAGAAAGUUGCCAGUCAUUCGUUGGUUCAGGAGAACAGUUUCUGUCGCGGACUUCUGACCUCGUUCAGUCUCUUCAAAAUACAACAAGCUCACCUGUUGGAGGUGGAUGAGGAUUCGCCAUUUGCUAAUCCAGUACCACGGCUAGGAAUGUACAACCGUAAACUCAUAAUCUACUCAGGAGGAGCUUACACGGCUGAGGAGCGAUCAUUUACAGCUUUUGAUCCAGUUACAAAGAAGAAUUACUACGGGAUCAAACCUCAUCCAUCUUUUGAUUUCAAAUUCAGAAUUGAUUACUUUUCACUGGUGACAACUGAUAACAACAACAUUUACUUUAUUGGAGGCAUAUUUUAUGAAAAUUACCACUUUUCAGAUACUGGACAAGCUGUGAAAGAUUUCCUCUUAUAUGACGAGAAGGAAUCCAAGUGGUUGGCCCAGAAACCAAUGGGAGUGGCCAGAUGUCAGUUUGCCGCUUGUAACUAUGGAGACGAAGUCUACGUCUGCGGUGGAAAAUCUUUUCAUCCGGUAGGAGAACCUACGGAUUCUGUGGAAGUUUUUGAUCCAGAAAUUAACUUCUGGACGGUCAUGGAGCCGAUGCCUAUGGCCCUAUACCAGCAUUCAAUCUGCUGUCACAACAAGGCCUUGUUUGUGUUCGGUGGUAAGGAUGUUGUAGAUGAACACGUGGACAAUGUAUUCCGAUUUGACAUUCCUACAAAUUCCUGGUGCGUAGUUCGUACCAAUAUGCUUAAGCCUCGAUCAGAACAUAUGUCACUGCCAGUAAGUGGUAAGAUCUACAUUGUGGGUGGUGGAUCCAGGCAUUCUAAUGCAGUAGAGGUGGAGAUUUAUGAUCCGGCCACCAACAGAUGGACCUAUGGAACUGACUUUGUGGAGGAGAGAAAAAUAUUGGCUGGUUGUGUAUUUGAUGGACAGAUUUAUACUACUGGGGGUGUACGACAGUUCAGCCGACCUCAGAAACCCACCAGAACUGUGGAGACUAAGGACUUCUACAGGUACGACGUACACACCAACCAGUGGCAGAAACUGGUCCGCUUUAUACAGUACGCCAACACACAGUGCUGCACCGUGGCAACCCUCAACAUCAAAUUCCUCCAUGAAAGUGACUUUAUCAGUGUUGGGGAGGGUAUUGAACUAAAUGAACAUUAAGGUUACUAUACAAAGGCAUAAGACUAUGUUAAAUUGAACAUCUUCUUAGAUAUGAACAAUUGUUUGGGAGGAAACUUUGACUGUUUAUUUGAACUUCUAUAAUUAGUUUUACCAGAAUAGGACAUGCUUUUAUAAAAAGAAAAAAACAGGCUUGAUAAAAAAUUUUGAUGUGUUGGCAUAGAUCUGCAGAUGUUUCAAAUACAUUUGUUAAAGGUGUAGAUAAUGGUCUGUUUACAAUAUUGUUUCAUUGUAUCAACUGUCUUCCUGGAA